AUGUCUGAAUAUUCUGAAGAUCCCAAAGAGCCCGGGAAACAUUGUGAGGAUAGCCACCCGGCACACCCAGAUCAACAUGGAAUAUUUACCGACGAAUCACGCCAUGAUCCUUCGAAUGUCAAAAACCAUACAACCUCUAGGCCCAAAUAUAAGGCGGCUAUGCACGAACUCUCUGAGCUCAUCAAAACAAAUUUCACGCGCGAUAUCAAACUCGUCAUUCCAAUAUCAGCGGAACAGACCCUAUGGCAGUUCAAAUAUGUUCCAGCUCGAGCAAAGCUGGACACUGGCUGUGAAGAGAACCUGGUAUCUUUGGAGUUUCUCAAAUCAAACGAGGUCCAUGAGAGCCUCUUGAACAUUAUACCAGAGGAACACGAAAUUGCACUAGAUGGGCUGGAUAGUACCUGUGUACCUGAAUUUGAGAUUCAGCUAUCAUGGUACCAGGGCAAUGAGCUCAAAAUGAGGAAAUCCAAAUUCUUAGUUGUGAGGGAUCCACCAUUUGACAUUCUAAUUGGAACAAAACGAUUUGUUCAUGAUUUCACUGCCGAUUUCCGAAUUCCAAAUCCUGUUUUAGCUCUCGCUAGGCGGAGCAAAACACGAGGUAUUCCGUUACUAUCCACGGGCUCGUCUGUGUAA